UUAUUUGAACUGAAUUCUUAUUAUUUUAUUUAAAACCCCAAAAUAUAUACCAGUUAAAAAAAAAAAAACAGUGAAAUACUUUCAUAAAGCAAAAUUUGAGCUAAGAGAGUGAGAAAACCUACAAAACUAUUCCAAGAAUGAGGUCGAACCACACCGCCAUGUUUCUGGGAAGAUUUUUGUCAAAUUUUUCAUCUAAAUCCUCCACUUUUGCCAUCGCUUCUCCACAUUAUCAAUCAUUUCUUGUACCCAGUUUUCAUUUUGAUAAUGCCAGCUGCCAAAUGAGACACUUCUCCGCCUAUCCCAGAUUCGAUUUUGGAUCUAUACGUGAGCCCGAUGAUGCCGUCGCUCUAUUCCGGGAGAUGAUGAGAACGCGGCCGCUCCCUUAUGUUACUGUUUUCAAUAAAUUGUUGAGUACUGUGGUCAAGAUGCAACAAAACACUCUUGCCCUUCGUCUGUUCGACGAAAUGCUUCAAAGGGAUGUACCCAUAAAUCACUACACAUUGAGUAUCGCGAUCGAUUGCUAUUGCCGACUGAAACUGCCUGAUUUUGGGUAUGCGAUCUUAGGCAGUUUCUUCAAGCGUGGGUACGAGCCUGAUGUUGUAACCUUUAACACUCUCGUGAAAGGUCUUUUGUUGGUUGGAAGGGUCCCAGAGGCAGCUAAAGUGUUAUGGAAGAUGUCUGUCUACCAACUGUGUGAGCACACUGAACAUACAUAUAGUACUAUGAUUAAUGGAUUGUGCAAAGCUGGAGGUGCUCUCGAGGCGAUUGAUUUGCUCUGCUUAUUGGAAAAAGAAAAGGAAAUCUGCAAACCCAACGUAUAUGCUUACAAUGCAGUCAUUGAUGGUCUAUGCAAGGAAGGAAAGGUAGACGAUGCUCUCCAACUCUUCUCCCCUUUGGGUGAUAAGGGGAUUUCACCCGAUGUUGUGACAUAUAGUUCAAUAAUUGAGGGGUUAUGCAAUAGGAGAAGAAUGGACGAGGCUGAAGACGUUUUGAAGAAGAUGAUUGCUGCUAAGGUCUGUCCGAAUGUGGUGACAUGCAAUAUCUUUGUGACUGCUUGGUGCAAAGAUGGAAAGGUGCAAGAGGCCGAGCAUAUGUUGGUAUCUAUGAAGGAGAUUGAUGUACAACCUAACAUUUUCAUUUACAAUACAUUGAUAAAUGGGUAUUGUAUGCAAGGAAAAAUGGACGAAGCGGUACGCAUUUUCCAAUUGGCGGUGAAUUCUGGAAUCAAGCCCAAUAUCGUAAGCUACAAUAGCUUGAUGAACGGGUAUUGCAAAAAGGGCCAAGUCAAUGAAGUUUCACGGCUUUUUACCAUAAUUCCAGCCAAAAGGUUAGAGCGCAAUGUUAUUUCUUAUAAUAUAAUGCUAGAGGCGCUAUUUCGUAAAGGCAGAUGCGAGGAUGGCUUGAAUUUGUUCAAAGAGAUGCAAGCUCUAGGAUUGUCUCCUGAUGUGAUAACUUACAAUAUCUUGCUGGAUGGUCUGUGUAAUGCUCAUCGUAUCUCUGAAGCAUUUUCCAUGUUACAUACCAUGAAAGAUAAAGGAGUCAUUCCAAACAUAGUAACAUACAAUGUUCUCAUUGAGGGAUUGUGCAUUAAUAAUAAAGUCAGAGAAGCAAAAGAUCUGUUCGACGAGCUUCCAUCCAAAGGUAUGCAGCCCAGCGUCAUAACAUAUAGUAUUCUCAUUGGUGCACUUUGCGAGGAAGGACAGAUAGAGGAGGCUAAGGGUUUGAUGAUGCAAAUGGUAAAGAACGGUCAAUUGCCUAAUAGUGUGACGUACAAUGUUUUUGUUCAAGGUCUUCUCAAAAGGAACAAGACGUGUGAUGCAAUUCCACUGUUGGAAGAGAUGGAUGCAAGGGAUUUCACACUUGACGAAACUACUUUCUCGAUGUUGAUUGACCCUGUGGUAAGGGAAGGUAGAGAUAGUGUUCUAUUUGAUAAGCUUAAGAAACUCGUACCAAAGGAUCUCUAUUCUAGAUAGUUGUUAUGUUGUGUUAGAAGUUGAUGAAUUAUUUUACCGGAAACAAAGGGGAAAGUGCAAAUGCUUAUUUGUUUGUUUAAUCUCUAUGUUAUGAUGAUUUUAAAUGCUUGAA